ACCGCUAGCUAGCUAAAUUGUGUCAUCUCGUUGCUGCUGAGAUCCGCGACCAAACUCCGACCAAAGUUGAACAUUGAGCAUUAACUCAGCUCAUCAAGUUAUGAUCCCUAAAACAGGCAUUUGGACGUCAAUUCAAUCCAUCUAAAGGGCGUUUCUGUUGAAGAGUCUUCCCUGUGGAGAUAUCUUCAUUCAUAUUGGACUCUUCCUAGUUCUUUCCUACACCAGAAGCGGAAUUCUGUGAUGGAGCUGGAGUGCACAUUUGACAUAGAGAGGGAUAUUGUCCCUUACAUCCUUGGGAGGAGAGAGGAGGCUAUCAGCAAAGGUCAAACAGAUAAGGACCUGACCGUGCGUGUGGUAGGACAGGAACGAGAUGGCACCCUGCUUUACACCUGGGACGAUGUAGCACCAGUCGAUGGCAGUUAUGCACAGGUGACCCAUAUUGGACUCUACGAUCCUGCUGAACAGAAGAAUAAAUGCCUCUUUGUACAUGAUUGUAAGAUACUGAUAACCAGCUGCUCUAUGAACCAUGACCACAGCAUCCUGGCUUACGUUGUCAAGGAAACACAGCCCGUAUCACCCCCUGGGGGGCCAGAUGAAGGAGCUACGUCACUGCCGUCUAUCAAUUCACACCAACCGCAAGAUGUGUAUAGGGCAUUCCUUGCUGAGAUCAAACCACAACAUGCCAUCUUUGAUUUGAACGUUGAGCGGUCAUCUCUGCUUCAUGUCCAGUUCCUUUGGCCAAGGACAGUCCAAGGUCCAGCCGACCCCAUGGCCGCAACGGUCAAGGACUGCAGGCUCUUGGUCUUUCUUCACAGAGAAUCCAUUGGUCUGUACAGGGUACCCAUAGCAAGAAUGGGCAAUGACAGUGUGGUUAUCAGUGGGCCACCGGAUGCCCAGCCUGUAGUGAACCGUUUCCUUUGGGCCCAGUGGGAUGCUCCUACCCAACGUCUCUUUGUUGUGCUCCAGCGUAACCGACUUCCCUCAGAACCGGAGCAGCUUGCCAUCUUUAGGAGCUAUGAGUUCACAGGUCAAGGGUCACAGACAUCCUUUACCAAAAUGAUGGAAAUUGAGCUUCCUCCUGAUGUCAAGCUACCAUCAAGCAGGUAUUCAUAUGAAUUGCCAUCUCUUAGAAACACGGUCUCAGAUAAAUCCAUCAAUAUGUACGUCAUCUGCCAGUCCGGAGGUUCGCUCUGUGUAUGUUACCAGCUGCCUCAGAAGAAACUGGCUGGGUCAAAGCCAUCCUCGCGCCGUCAGAGCAAGGCCAAGCUUCAGAUCCCACCAACCGUUGUAUCAGGUUCCGGACCGGAGGGCCAGGUGCAGAGAAGGCCAGGUAGUCUGGACCUAUCACAGGCAGAUUCACUGAGGGACGAUCCUGCAGGUCCUCGGUCCAACACCCCAGGAUCCUUAAUCUCGUCCUCUUCUGUACCAUCCCUGGCUCGGCUGACCACUCCUGAAUCUCCUCUCACAGACUCCAACCUGGACCUUAGCUACGAUUCCACCUCCAACAUCAGUGCUGCCGGUCCACAGAACUGGUCAACCCUCGGCUCUCCGUGUUCAGACUCUGCCCCGAGCCCGCUAAGUGGUUCAAGGACAUUACUGGAUGCACACUUGAAUCAAAACUUACAUGAAUCUGGGAUCCGUGAUAAAUCGAAGUCUCCUAGCCAGUUUGUUGAUGUUCAUUAUGUGGUAUUAGUUCUGCACCAUAAGACUAUUUUACAUUGCAGUGUCCCUCAUCUACAGAAAAGCAUCGCAAAACGAAUGCAGCUCUUCUUUGCUCCCAUGAAUGGAUACAUCAUGGCGUACUACCCGGGGACAGUGCUCCACCUCCUGAAUGUGAAUCCUGAGAUGGAGCCAUGUCUCCACCUUGCCUUCGAGCCUCAGGAUGUUCCUUGGAUCCCUCUUCCUGGAGAUGAUCCAGAACAAUCGAGAUCAGAGCAACUCAGAAGCACUAGGCCUCUUCUCAUGCACUGCCAGCGGGACAGGACUGUCAGUAAAUAUGAUGAUGUCCUGUUUGAUGCUGUGUCCGGAUGCUGCUACCAACCAAUCAUCAAUAAAGACAAGCUCCCUCUGUUGUUGAUGGGAGAUAGUCAAGUUCCUUUCAAGCUUGGUCUCCUACACUUAGCUCUCGUCAAUCUCAAGGAUGCUACACUUAAUAAGAAGAUCAUCGAGAGCAUUACCCAGGAUGCAUUUCAGCUGGAGAUGCAGGACAUCCUUGCAGAGUUCCUGUUGGCAGGGACGUUCUGCUGCGUGAGACUCAAGUUGGAUAAAGAUAUUCUUAGGUACCUUCCUUUCACCAAGGUAGACACCACAAAGACUGUCUUUAUUGAGACACUAGAUGGCAGCAGACUUGCAUGUAUCAAAGCAGUAGAGAACAGAUACAUCCCCAAGAUAUUCCUAGGCAAGAAGGGACGUCGUGACAAGCGUCUUGGCAUGGACGCCAGUAGUUACCUGUGGGACACACUUGAGAGGCAGAUAAGGAGAAGUCAAGAUUCAAUUAGGGCACCAAGCAAAAGGUUCGAUACCAGGAAACUGGCCCAGAAGCUCAGAGAACAGGAGCAAUCAGUUAAUAUACUAAGGAGUGAAGAAAAGGCCACCCUGCCCUCGCAUCCGCAGAACGCCCGCUCGUCGCUGCUCAAGAAAGUAGCUGCCUUCUCCAAGAGGGCGCUCACACCGACCAAGGAGGUCAAACAGGUCAAAGCCAAAGACCCUCUCGCUGCCGCCAUGAUGGAAGAAAAUUCGACCAAGGAAACUGGCGAAGAUGUCAAUCACAAUAAACACAUUGAAAUGAUCUUGGAAGAAGUUGUGUCCUUCUUCCGCUCGAGGAUGCCAUUCCACAACCAGGAUCGGCUGGAGAACUACGCUUCUGAGUUUGUGAGUAGUCAGUUACAACACUUCAAGGUGAUGGUGGCUAUGCUGUUGUCUGCCAACGGAUUCCAUGAAAACAUUGAUGAUCUUGCCCAAGUCCCGUUAUGCGAUGGACCCACAGAGGAGGAAAUGAAUCUGUUCCACAUGGUUGAAAGGGUUUUUGCUGCUGCACAGAAUCUCUGCUUUCCAAUGCCCAUUGGUUUCAAGAACUUCAUUCUUUGCCUAGCCUACCGAUGCCUGGAUGCAGGAAUGUUCCUCCAGUAUGUCAAUCAAGGAGUCUUUGACAUCUCAGAGACCUUCAUGACCCGCAUGGUUAAGGAGGUGUUGGAUGAAGAAAGGACCAAUGUCGAUCUAAAGAUGAAACUCAUACAAAAACUACCAAAGGCUUCUGCGGAUAGAGUUCUGAUGUCUUGGAACCAUCCAUCCAGUAAUCUUAUCAUCGCACAGCAGUAUGCUACAUCUUGCCUUCAUGAAGGUGGUGAAUAUGGUCAACGAAAUCUUAGUAGUGCAAUGUUGCCCCAAACGAGGCCUCAGAAAUCACGCAAGAAAAGCAUGGAAGCAGCCAUACCAGGAUUAGAGGCAGAAGAGGACUUCUUGGAUAUGAUCCCAAACUUUCCUCCUCUCAACUACUUCAUGAAAUACAUUGAGGGAACAGAUAAAAAUUUGCAGUCUUCAACUCAGUCAAGGUUAGACAUUGGUCAGAAAGCCAACAGGACACAGUUCGUAGGACGAGUAGCACUGCAAGCUUCUGUACGGAGCCAUGGUUUGGAUCUUGGCGGGAUAGCUUUCUAGUCAGAUCAUCCCAUCCUUAUGAUACAUCAAUAGAAUAUGCUGGAUGUAUUCAGGCUCAAUUUUCAAGAGCCAGAGAAUUGCACAUGAAAUAUUGAUAAUACUGCGUAGCAAUUUUUCUUGUGGUUGGGCACCCAAUCAAAAUACAUUUUUAUGUAAAAUGGCUUAAUAUAUCCUGUAAAGCACAUUUCCAUUAUAUAUCCUCUGCAUACGUGUAACUCUUUUAGGGCACACACACUCAUGUAUUAUGGUAUUGAAUUAGAAUAGUGAUAGAUGCAUUCCAGGGACUUGCCAAAGCUAAAUACAC